CGCCAAUCGCGAGCCGCCUUUAGAUUUCCCAAGAUAAGGACUCGAUCCCCCCUCACUUCCCGCGCUAUUUAAACUCCCGCGCCAUCUCCAACUCCCAACUCACACUCGCUCGCUCAUCGCCAUCUCUCUCAGCUCUCACAGCUCACUGCAUCAAUGGCCGCGGCCACCAUGGCGCUCUCCUCCCCGGUGAUGGCCCGCGCGGCGCCGUCGACCUCCUCCGCGCUCUUCGGCGAGGCGCGGAUCACCAUGCGCAAGACCGCCGCGAAGCCCAAGCCGGCGGCGUCGUCGGGGAGCCCGUGGUACGGCGCCGACCGCGUCCUCUACCUCGGCCCGCUCUCCGGCGAGCCGCCGAGCUACCUCACCGGCGAGUUCCCGGGCGACUACGGGUGGGACACCGCGGGGCUCUCCGCCGACCCGGAGACGUUCGCCAAGAACCGGGAGCUGGAGGUGAUCCACUCCCGGUGGGCGAUGCUGGGCGCGCUCGGCUGCGUCUUCCCGGAGCUCCUCGCCCGGAACGGCGUCAAGUUCGGCGAGGCCGUGUGGUUCAAGGCGGGCUCGCAGAUCUUCAGCGAGGGCGGGCUCGACUACCUCGGCAACCCGAGCCUGAUCCACGCGCAGAGCAUCCUCGCCAUCUGGGCGGUGCAGGUGGUGCUCAUGGGCGCCGUCGAGGGGUACCGCAUCGCCGGCGGGCCGCUCGGCGAGGUCGUCGACCCGCUCUACCCCGGCGGCGCCUUCGACCCGCUCGGCCUCGCCGAUGACCCCGAGGCGUUCGCGGAGCUCAAGGUGAAGGAGAUCAAGAACGGCCGCCUCGCCAUGUUCUCCAUGUUCGGCUUCUUCGUCCAGGCCAUCGUCACCGGCAAGGGCCCCCUCGAGAACCUCGCCGACCACCUCGCCGACCCCGUCAACAACAACGCCUGGGCGUACGCCACCAACUUCGUCCCCGGCAAGUGAAGUGGGGGACCGUAGCUUAGCAGUGGUUAAUUGUGGUUGGAUGGAUUUGUGGCCAGCGAGUUCGUUGUCUUUGGGUUGGGGAAGAUGGGUUUAGUGCGACGAGAUGAUGAUCGAGUUGGUGUUGUGUACACUAAGAAGAUGAAGAAGAAGAUGAUGUUUUUGCAAUAAUGAUUUUAUUCGUUUCCCAACUAAUGGUCUAGGUACUUAUCCGUGGUGUUAUUCUGAUUAGCGGAUUUCUCAUCUCUAUUAGAUCGGAAACAAAUACUCCCUCGAUCCCAAAAUAUAACCAUUUCUGGCUAUGUAUAGUGUAAAUAUGUAGUCUAAAUUGUUUA